AAAAGUUUACAACGACAACGCCGCCAACGACAACACCAACGCCAACGCCGACGACAGACAACGGACAAAUUUUGAUCAGAAAAGCUCACUUGAGCUUUUAGCUCAGGUGAGCUAAAAAUGACACAUGUUGACUUACAAACCAGUAUGUACAGAGAUUUUAAAAAUUUAAAUAACCGAUUAAUAUCAGUAAAAUUCUUUGUCCAUAGCAAUUACUUUACACCUCAAUAAACAAUUAAGACAAUGGUAGAACGUAAAGCAUAUGCCAAAAAUUGAUCACAUCUAAAUAAAGUUACUGAAAAUUUUCAAACUUAAGAAAACAAAAUCAAUUUGGACAACUGAGAAUGACUCCACCGUGUAUGUGAAGAUGUUAGCGCGAGGGGGUCAUUGGUGUGGGAAGAAGCCGGAGUACCCGGAGAGAACCCACGUGUCCAGCUUAGAGUAUUACAGUAUUGUUUGCCAAAGCACAUUUAAAAAAUCAUUAUUGCUAUCCUCAUUCAUAUUUAAAUCUUGGAUGAUAUUUUUUGCUUGUACAAAUGCCAUAUUAAUGUAUAUUAAACUGUAUGCAGUGAAAAGGGGAUAACGCAUAAAAUGUCAUUUAAUUCCCCUCUAAGAGAUGAAGAACUCAUUUCAAAACAGGUAUUUGAGAGAAUGGUUGAUAUUGUUGGGACCUCACAUAUUGUUGCUAACAGAAGAGAAAUUAUGAGUAUGACCGAAGUCUUAAAUAGGUCAGCUAUUAAAUAUGAUGUUCCAUUUAGAAUAGCUACAAGUGGUAGCAUGGGGGAAGGUUUUCGCUUCGAAGAGUCUGAUAUGGAUGUUAUGGAAUAUCCAGAUGGCUUCCAAGUUAUUUGGGACCAUUCUCAAAACCAACAUAAAAGUUUCUCUGAAGGAGAAAUAUUCGUGUUUGAUGGUUCGCAUAGUCCACCAGGAUAUGGAUUGCUACAAAUAUUGUCACCAGAAGAACUUAAUUCUAGUAAAUUACUUUUUGUCAAAUAUGGAAAUUCAUAUUUAUCCAGCACCUUUUGGAAAAAAACCUUUUUAAAUCCUAUAUUAGGCAGUAGGAUACAUGGGCCAUGCAUAUCAAGCAAUUUAGAAUGUUUAGAUUUUGAUUACGCAGAAUGCUUAAUUAGUAGGUGUUGGCCCCCCAUGGCGUCUACAUUUUUAAGCAGAUGCCAGCUGUGGCCAAAUCCUCAAACUCUUCAAGAUAUAGUAAAUAAGGAAUGCCAUUUAGUACCAAUAGGUCAUAAAUUAGGAAAUCAUGAAGAAGAAGAGUGGAUGAUUUCUUUCUCUUUGGCAGAAAAAGCCCUCGUGUAUUCUAUGAAUCACUCUCAGUUUCUAUUGUACGGACUGAUGAAGUUAUUUUUGAAAGAAAUCAUUAAUAAAGGCCUAGAUGAGGAGGAAGAAAUUUUGUGUUCGUAUCACAUAAAAACAGCCAUCUUUUGGACUCUUCAACAGGGCUCUUCGCUUGAGUGCUGCCAAAGAAAUUUUUUGAAAUGUUUCUGGGUCUGUUUUGAACUGGUUACCAAAUGGGUAUAUGAGGGAGUUUGUCCUAACUUUUUUAUCCCUGAAAAUAAUAUGUUUUUGACAAAAUGUCACGGUUCCGCUCAAAGAAAAUUAUUUUGCAGAUUAAAUGCGAUAUAUGACGUAGGUCCAACGUGUAUAUUAAACUGGCUUUCAAUGCAAGACCGUUCACCUAGUCUUUAUUCUUAUUUAAGAGGAAAUACAAAUGACCUGUAUAUAAAAGAACUAUACAAUGAACUAGCAGUGUUUGCUUUGCCGAGAUAUUUAAAUUUUCAAACAUGUGUAAGAAUGCUAAAAAGCAUUGUAAAAUCAGCUCCUUCAAACCGUGAUGGGAUUUCAGCUCUUGUGGCCCGAAUGACGUACGUUUCCAUGCUUCAACAUGUGGCCUUUCAACUAAUGUCUCUGAAAAAAGAGGAUUACACCCGCGACAAUAAUUUCGACGAACUGUCGUGUCUUGCGAUAAUGCAGACAGCUAAACUUGGCAGCGUUUCUGAUCUAAUCUUACGUGCAAUGUAUUCCUACAGGGUAAAAAAAUACCCGGAAGCGUUGUUUAUUCUUAAAAUGGCAAAGGUUUGGUUGAAACAGCCUUAUAUGAUACAUUUCGGAUACCUCGAUACAGAGUACAGUUCCGAGAUAGCUGCAUGCCCAGGAAAUUCGUUGCUUGAAGUGGUAAUCAAGUCGUUUGUUUUUUCUAUUAAGUUAGAAAACCCUAUUUUUUAUAUAGAUGAGUUAUUCACAGAACAGGAACAUAGUCGAAAAAAUCACUGGUCAACCAUAUUCAUACCUCCUUUUGUUCUCUUACUCAUGCUAGAAUUUCUUUGUUAUCGGCAUGUUGACACACAAAGAGCACAACAUGCUUUGGAUGAGUUAUUUGAUCUGAUGCAUAGCAAUCAGGACAGCUAUCUAACUUCCGUAUUUCAGGAUAUAUCAUGGCAGAUUCUGGGAAUCUGUCAGGAGAUGGCAGGCAACCUUCAAAUAGCUUUAUACGCAUACAUGAAAUCCCUCGUAGAACCAAUCGUCAACAGAAUACGGUCAGCCACAUUGCAAAGAAUACAAAGUGUGAAACGUCGUAUGUGCAGAAUCUAAUCUCAUGGGUUGAACAAUCAAACAUUGACUUUGAAUAAUAUUUUCAUGUGGUAUAAUAUUGAUGUGGGGAUCCAAAAUAUCAUUAAUAAUUUUAGAGAUAAUUGGGUGUUGAUUUUAAUCAACUUUCCUAUGCAGUUUCUCUGGCAAACCGAAAGUGAAACAGGGUUUGGACCAAAGCACAAAUCAUCACAGCUAACAAGACUAAGUUCUUGAAAAUAAUAGAAAAAAAAUCGAUGUAAUGUAUGCUGAAGCAUUGUUUUUCAAGGAAACUUAUCUAUAAACACUUUCAAAAUAGUCAAAUUUUAUUUACUACGAGCAAUUUAGAUAUUUUUGUAGUCUCAUGUAUUCCUACGCCAGAGUUACAUGUAAUAAUAUAGUCUCGUUCAACCAGACGCUCGGCUGGCUGCGACAAAUCUGCGACAAGCAGAGAGGGGACUCUCUAGCUUGUCGGAUAUUAACGGAGACUAAUACAUACUAGAGUUUACAAUGUAAAUC